AUGUCCUGGGAUAAGUAUCUACUGCGUCCCGUCCCAAGCGCCCCAUCCACUUAUCUUCCGGUCCUCAUCUAUGGCACGGCAUGGAAGAAAGAGCGGACCGCGGACCUAGUGUACCAGGCAUUGAAGGCAGGGUUCAGAGCAGUAGAUACAGCUGCCCAACCAAAACAUUACCGAGAGGAUCUGGUAGGAGAAGGCAUUCGCAGAGCGAUUCAGGAGGGGGCAGUCCGACGCGAGGAUAUAUAUCUCCAAACCAAAUUCACGUCCAUCCAAGGGCAGAAUCCUGAUAACAUGCCUUAUGAUCCCAAGGCUUCGGUGACGGAUCAAGUGCAUGCUUCAAUCAGCUCGUCUCUGCACAAUCUCCGUCCGUCAGACGCGCCAGUGAGCGUCGAAGAUGCCUACAUUGAUACGCUCGUUCUUCACUCGCCUUUGCCGACAAUGGCGCAGACCCUGGAGGCCUGGAUGACGCUAGAGACAUACGUUCCGCAUCGCAUUCGGCAUCUAGGUAUAUCGAACUGUACCUUGCCUGUGCUGAAAGAGCUCUACUCCCAGGCGAACAUCAAGCCGGCAGUGGUGCAGAAUCGCUUCUACCCGGAUACACGAUUUGACGUACCGCUGCGCGCUUUCUGUCGCGACCAAGAUAUCAUUUAUCAGAGCUUCUGGACCUUGACGGCCAACCCAGAGUUGAUUCGAUCACAGGCUGUCCAGUCCCUCGCGGAACACACCGCUGUCAGCCCCGCCGCGGCGUUGUACUGUCUUGUUCUGGGGCUAGGAAAGACGACUGUUCUGAAUGGAACGACCAACACAAGUCGGAUGCAGGAGGAUCUGAUAGCGGUGCGAAAAGUCCAACAGUUUACACAGGUCAACCCCGAACUCUGGGAGAGGAUGCUGGCCCACUUCAAGAGACUGACAGGGGAUGUUGCUGCUCUGUGA